AUGGCUUCACAAUUUUCUACAAAGUUUAUUCGCGUUUCUGAGCCGUCUCCCCAUGUCUUUCACGUCGAGCUAUCCAGAAAAUCUGUGAACGCCUUUAAUGUCGACUUCUGGACGCAAUACGGGGAAGUGUUCGAAAAAUUGGCCGAAGAGGAUGUUCGCGCCGUCGUCCUGUCAUCGGCCUUGCCAAAGAUUUUUACAGCGGGAAUCGACUUGUCUGAUUUGGCAAGCUUGGUAUCUUCUCAAGACGAAGAUAGUGCUAGGCUGGCCAUCAAGCAUUUGAAGCAUAUCAAGACGUUCCAAUACGCUAUUGGCGCUCCAGCCCGCUGCCCGUUUCCAGUAAUUGCCGCAAUACACGGCGCUGUCCUAGGUCUGGGUGUCGAUAUCGUCUGUGCCUGCGAUAUUCGCUACGCAGCUUCGAAUGCUACAUUCUGUGUCAAGGAAGCGGAUGUGGGACUGGCGGCUGACAUAGGUACCCUUGGCUAUCUGCCAAAGAUCACAGGCAACAUAUCCCUCGUCAGAGAGUUCUCCUAUACCUCACAGACUUUCUCGGCUUCUGUGGCCGAAAAGAUGGGUCUCCUGUCUUCGGUUAUCGAAGGCGGCAGGGAUGAUGUUGUAGGUGCGGCUCUAGAGCUGGCCAAGGUGAUUGCUUCAAAGAGCCCCGUCGCUGUGGCCGGCACGAAGCAUAUCAUCAGUCACGCAUUGGAUAACAGCAUUGCUGCGAAUCUUGACUAUACGGCAGUUUGGAACGGGGGAGCUCUACAAACAAGGGAUAUUAUCGAGAACGUGUCUGCUAUGAAGGCAAGGCGUUCGCCUACAUUUGCGCCGCUUCGUACAAAGGCGACCUCAAAGCUUUAA